UACAAGUGUCUUGAGAGAGAGAGGGGGGAGAAAACGGAGAGAAGCAGAGGCAAUGGAGCGGUUGAUUUACUCCUAUUCUCCAAUCCCCUCCAAAGUCCGUCUAAAGCCCUUUUCUCCUCUCUCUCCUAUCCCUUCACUUCCUCCAUUCGACUCCUCAAGACUCUGUUUUUCUUCCUUCUCAUGCACCCAUCUCAAGCGCCUCAACGCCUCAACGCCCCAUUCUUCUUUUCUCUGUUCUUUAGCGCCCUUGCUUGCAUCAUCCUCGUCUUCCUCGGCUUUCCAGGCUGAGUCACCCGACGAGUCGGUUUCCCCACCCAGUUCUCUCCCACAGAUCGUAGCAGGAGCUUCCCAGCAGCGAAAGGCAGCAACUGCUGGGACAAUAACACUACUCUCAGCUCUUACCAUUCUCUUAAUCCACCCAGUUCUUGCACAACCAGCUUUUGCAACUUUCCAAACUGCAGCCAAGACUGGGGGUCCAGCUGCUGCUACAGUAGGGGGACAACUCAUCCGGACUGAAUUACUAAGUAGUGCUUGGACUGGUUUCUUUGCUGGCUGCUUACACACACUAUCAGGGCCUGAUCACCUUGCUGCUUUGGCUCCACUCUCAGUUGGCCGUAGCCGCAUGGAAAGUGCUGCAGUUGGAGCCCUUUGGGGCUGUGGCCAUGAUGCUGGUCAGAUGAUCUUUGGCCUGCUCUUUCUGCUGCUAAAGGACCGCCUCCACAUUGAAGUCAUCCGAACUUGGGGCACCAGAGUGGUUGGAUUUACUCUACUUGUUAUUGGAGCCAUGGGAAUCAGGGAGGCCUCAGAAGUCCCUACUCCAUGCGUGGCUGUGGAGAAUGGUGAGUGUGAUGUUGGUACCUAUGAGGCGCUAGAAAACCCUACAGCUAAGAAAAAGAAGAUUGGAUUUGCAACUUUCGCCACAGGGAUCGUCCACGGCCUGCAACCUGAUGCACUGAUGAUGGUCUUGCCUGCACUUGCAUUGCCUUCCCGCUUGGCCGGUGCUGCAUUUCUGGUAAUGUUCUUACUAGGGACUGUAGUUGCAAUGGCUAGUUAUACUGUAUUCAUAGGCUCAUGUAGUCAGGCUCUAAAAGAAAGGGUCCCUAGAAUAACUGAGAAACUCACUUGGGCAUCUUCCCUUAUAGCAAUUGCUCUUGGAUUUGCUAUUCUCAUUAGCCAGUUUUUCGGGUUUAGCUUGUACUGAUUCACAUGACCAUAUUCAGGUUUAGCAUGUUCUGAGUUUCCUCCAGUCCUAUAGAAAGAUCUUGAGAAGGCCCAAUGAAUUUGGUUACUAUCAAAAAUUCAUCUUCAUAGCAUCGAAUAUUUAUGAGAAUCAUCCUCCUUAUCAUUGAAGGUUGUAAUCUCUGUAAUUCCUUUAUAUUCAGAUUGAUAUUCAGGUUGGAUGAAGUGCCCCAUUCUACAAA